UGUGACUGUGGGAGGUAGCUUACCAGAAAAAUGUCUGACAAACUGAUGGAUUUGGAAGAGACCGCAACCCAUACAGGUCCAAAAGGAGUCAUCAAUGACUGGAGGAGGUUUAAGCUGGAAAGUAUGGACCAGGACAACUUGCCACCUGCAAAAAGGGAACUGCUGAGACAAAUGUCAUCCCCGAGCCGGCCGAAAGAGGACUCCAGAUCAAACGUAAACCGCAAGAUGAGCGUCCAAGAGUAUGAGCUGCUUAAAGAGGAGGAUGAGGGAUGUCUAAAGAAAUACAGAAAGCGGUGCAUGCAGGAGAUGCAUGAUAAACUCAGCUUUGGGCCCAAGUUUGAAGGAGUACAUGACCUGGACAGUGGAGAGGCCUUCCUAGAAGUCAUCGAAAAGGAGCACUACAGCACAGUGGUGGUUGUCCACAUCUACAAGAUUGGGGUCAAAGGUUGUGAGGAACUCAACAACUGCCUUGACUGCCUGGCCACAGAGUACCCCACUGUAAAGUUCUGCAGGAUUGAUGCUGUUUCAUCCGGGGCUGCUGAGCGUUUCUCGGAUGAGGUUUUGCCUACGCUGCUGGUGUACAAGGCCGGGGAACUACUAGGGAACUUCCUGGCCUGCACGCAGCACUUAAACGAGGAGUUUUUCGCCACUGAUGUGGAGGCCUUCCUCAACAGCUAUGGCCUGCUGCCAGAAAAAGAGCUGCCUGAUGUUGAAGAUGAAGAGGAACACGAAGUAGAGUAAACAAAGAGUUUCGCUGCUGAUGAAGAAAGAAAGCUGUCUUGGAGUUAUUCUUUUGGGCUACUGCAAAUAGAUUAACUUCCAUUAGCUCACUAGUGUGGAAGGAUCAUUCUCUAAAGGAGAUAUUUUUACAUCAAGUUGGUGAAGAACCCCUGAUGCCCCAGAUAUGGGUGCUCUUAACUAUGAGUAUGGGUCACAGUACAGAGGGGAGAAACAACAUUUAUUUACGAAAAUAUAUCACAAAUUUCCUCACCACCAACUAAACAAAAGCCAAAACCAGCUUACUGUAAUUUAAAAUAAUUGCACUGUUUUAUUGUAUAAUGAUAGACAAUAUUAUAUACUGUAUGUACUUGUAAAAAUGUAUCAAUGCAAAGAUUUUUUGUAGCAUUUGUUUGGGUUGAUCUGUACACAAGUAAUUUAUAAAUACAGGGUUUGUACAAAGUGACAUCCUCAAAUGUGAUACAAUAUUUAAACACAUGUAUACUUCAGGUCACUGUGGUGUUUUCUGCCAAGAUUUA